AUGGAGAACACUGAUUGGGACUCCGUUCUUCAAUUUGCUUCACAGGAGGACAUUGAUGUCCCCCCUUUCCACGAAAGGGGUUCACUGGAUAAGGGUGGCCAGCUACAGGUCCCUACUCCUCCACAAUCUCAUGGAGGCUCUCCUAUCGCUGAAGAUCCGAAUGACGAAAAUGUCCUUGUUUCAGUAUCAACCACCUUUUAUCCAGGAGCAAAUAACCAUUCUCUUCCACCCGACCUUGCUUUAUUAUCCUCGGAUUCAGUUUUCUUCUACGUUCAUUCAGACCUGCUCCUAGCAGCAUCAACCAAUCGUUUUAUGUCGCUACUGCCAGAAGGUCCACCCAAAGGAGCGUGGCACAACUUGGUCGUUCAAGUCGACGAGAAAUCACCUAUUCUGAAUGUUAUUCUGCACGUCGUCUAUGGUAUGUCGUGUGCUCAUUAUUGUCCAUCUUUCGAAACCCUUUCCACUGCUGUCGACCGGCUACCAUCGUAUGGUAUCCAGCCAAAAGCGCAUAUCACUCCCUCAACGCCCUUAUACACCGUCCUUCUGUCCCAUGCCCCGUUAUGUCCUCUGGAACUCUACACUUUUGCUUCAAAGCACGAUCUGUUUGACCUGGCUGUCUCCACCUCACCACACCUACUUUCAUUGCCCCUCUUCACGAUCACGGACGAGAUAGCGACGGAAAUCGGUCCCAAGUAUCUCCGGAGGCUCUUCUUUUUACACAUCGGCCGGUCAGACGCACUCAAGCGGCUCCUACUGCCACCCCCACACCCUCACGCUCCGACCUCACACUGUGAUUUCACUGACCAGAAAACCCUCACAAGAGCAUGGGCUCUGGCAUCCGCCUAUCUAGCGUGGGAUGCACGUCCUGACCUUUCCCCCAGCUUUUUGGAAUCUGCAUUACGUCCGUUAGCAGAGCAUUUAUCCUGCGACCUUUGUAAAAGAUCCUUGAACGAACGCAUCAAAAAUGUUCUUGUGCAAUGGUCCGUUAUAAAGCGCACAAUAUGA